AUGACGAACGCUACUCCAUCCCCUCCUCCCGGUCCUGCCACAAAACCGUCUCCGAGUGUACAAUCGACUCCGACAUCCACAGCUGGUACCAAGCGCAAACGAGGUUCCGCAGGGAAAUAUUACGCGGUCAAGGCGGGAUAUCAACCUGGGGUUUACUAUGCAUGGAAUGACUGCUUGACCCAGGUAACCGGGUACAAAGGUGCAGUGUUUCAAGCAUUCUCGACGUUAGAAGAGGCAAAUGCAUUCCUUACAGGCUCAAAACUACCGCCAGCGCCGGGCGCCACUGCUUCCAGCACAGAACCUAGUCGAUUUUACGGCAUACAGCGUGGGCGAGUACCCGGUGUUUAUACCGACUGGGCAAAAGCUCAGGAGCAGAUCAAGGGAUUCGCACGACCGCGUUAUAAGAAGUUUUCCACAAAGGAAGAGGCCGAAGCCUUUGUAAAACUGGGUCAAGCCAAUGGUGCUUCGUUCGCUGGGAACACUUCAGAGAUACAGAAACUCCCUGGAGCACCCGGGAUAUUGAGCGACGUACUAAAGGACGAGCAAGGCUCCCCCAUAGAGCCAGGGGAUGGCCCAUUGCCUCCCGGGGCAGAGGAUGGGUUCGACCCAAACGUACUUUUGGACCCAAAAUCAGGAAAGGUGGUCUAUAAAACGAAGGAGCAGAAAAGUGUAACAAAGACGAAGGCAACUGGUCCUCCCGGGAUGUUGCGAAUUUAUACGGAUGGUAGUUCGCUGAAGAAUGGCAGAGCGCUUGCGUCGGCGGGAGUUGGCGUUUAUUUCGGACCCGGGGACAACAGAAAUGUCUCGGAGCCCCUGAAAGGUAGCCGUCAGACGAACCAGCGUGCAGAACUGACAGCUAUCCUUCGAGCUCUUGACAUAGCUCCACGUCAUCGAGAUGUGACAAUCUUCACAGAUAGUCAGUAUGCGAUAAAAUGUGUGACGGUGUGGUAUGUCAAAUGGCAGCGCAAUAAGUGGCUUACGUCGGAUAACAAACCGGUUGAGAACAAGGACUUAGUCGAAUCAAUUCGUGUCAAAAUCGAGGAGCGGGAUGAGCUUAAAGUUAAGACACUAUUCGAGUGGGUUAAGGGGCACAAUUCGGACCCGGGAAAUGAGGCAGCUGACCGUCUGGCUGUUAAUGGAGCGCAACGGGGGGUAUCUGAAAAGGCAGCAGCUAUGGAAGCGGCCAAGAAUAUCCCCGAUGAAAUAUUUGACUAUGAUAUCUAA